AUGGAGUCCAUGCAAAUGUACCCCGGGGCAACCUCCUCUAGCAUCCAGCAUCAGGGACGCUCAGGAGUGCGAGAAUCAGGCUGUGCUCAGGCUGGUGUUGCAGACUCUGCUCAUACCUGCCAUGAAAAGUGGCCCUCAAGGGGAGCUGUGACUGGGGAAGAGGCCAGGCAAGACAGAGCCACAACCGACGAACUGAAGGUGAUUCAGCCUAAUAAGGCAGUGUCUGUUGCUGCUGGGGAUGCGGCCAUCCUGAACUGCACCGUGACCUCCCUGCGGCCAGUAGGACCCAUUAAAUGGUUCAAAGGAACAGGGCAGAACCGACACCUAAUCUACAGUUUCACAGGAGAAAACUUUCCUCGAAUUACAAAUGUUGCAGAUACGACCAAGAGUAACAAUUUCGAUUUUACCAUCCAAAUCAGUAACGUCACCCCAGGAGAUGCCGGCACCUACUACUGUGUGAAAUUCAGUAGAGCAGAAGCUGAGAAGGAACUUCAAUCUGGAGGGGGGACAGUGGUCUAUGUGCUUGCCAAACCUUCUCUACCUGUGGUAUCCGGCCCAGAAAGCAGGGUCACACCUCCGCAGACAGCAAACUUCACCUGCAAGUCUCAUGGCUUCUCUCCCCGGAAUAUUACCCUGAAGUGGUUCAAAGAUAAGAACGAACUCUCCCGCUUCCAGACCACCGUGGACCCUAAGGGAGAGAGCAUGUCCUACAACAUCUCCAGUACAGUCCAGGUGCAGCUGAACACUGGGGACGUUCGUUCUCAGAUCAUCUGCGAGGUAGCCCACGAAACCUUGAAAGAACACCAUCUUCAUGGGACUGCAAACUUGUCUGACACCAUCCGAGUUUUAUCCAGCCUGGAUGUCACCCAACAGCCCACAAUGGCAGAGAACCAGUUGAACCUCACCUGCCACGUGCAGCAGUUCUACCCUAACAAACUCCUGCUGACCUGGCUGGAGAAUGGAAACAUAUCACGGACAGACAGUUCCUCGGCUUUCACAGAAAACAAGAACUAUAGCCAGACAGCGAUCAAGGAUGGGGCCUAUAGCCGGACAAUGAACAACGAUGGGACCUACAGCUGGACAAGCUGGCUCCUGGUGAACAAAUCUGCCUAUAGAGAGAACGUGGUGUUCGCAUGCCAGGUGGAACAUGAUGGGAAGCCAGCAGAAACCAAAAACCAUACCGUGAUGAUCUUGCCCCAACAGAAGGAGCCAGGCAUGGACACCACUCCUGAUAAUGACUCCUCCAGCCACAACAUCUUCAUCGCUGUGGGUGUGGUGUGCGCUCUGCUAGUAGUCCUGCUGAUGGCAGCCCUCUACCUCCUCCGGAUCAAACAGAGGAAAGCUAAGGGAUCAACUUCUUCCACAAGGUUGCACGAGCCCGAGAAGAAUACCAGGGAAAUAACCCAGAUCCAGGACACAAAUGACAUCAAUGACAUCACAUAUGCAGACCUGAAUCUGCCCAAAGAGAAGAAACCUGCCCCCCGGGUCCCCGAGACCAACAACCACACAGAAUAUGCGAGCAUUGAGGCAGGCAAACUGCCUAGACCAGAGGAUACCCUCACCUAUGCCGACCUGGACAUGGUCCACCUUAGCCGGGCACAGCCAGGCCCCAAGCCUGAGCCAUCCUUCUCAGAGUAUGCCAGUGUCCAGGUCCAGAGGAAGUGAAUGGGACUGUGGUCGGCUCUAGGGCCCAUAUCCACAAGUUUUCUUGUCUCUCAUGGAGUGGCCAUGUUGAGGACACCCCCAGAAGGCCAGAUGGCACAGGUCCUAGGGCCACGAGUAAGGGUGGCCUUUGUCUUCCCUGCUUGGCUCUCCAGUAUUUCUAGGACAGCCAUGUCCCCUUCUUCUGGAAGCUGGUGUUGCAGAACCAGAGGGGGAACUGGAGGAAGCUUCCUGGAAUCCAAGAAGUGUGCCUCGGCCCAUCACACGUGGGUCUGGAUCCUGGUCUUGGCAGCUCCAGGUUGCUUCCUUGAUGCUGGUUCUCUAUGUGGAGAGGAGCCCCCACCUCCACCCAACUUGGGCUUUGGGGCAAGAAUCCCUUUAGAUCAGACUGUCCUGUCCAUGGAAGAACUACAUCAGGAGACAGCAAGUUCUCAGCCAACAGUGCUGGCUUCCCACCUGCCAGGCCCACUAGCCCUGGGGGAGAUGGAACCCUCUCUCCUAGACCAGCAGACUCCCUGGGCAUGCUCAAUGUGGCCCCACCUCCUUUCCAGUCCCAGCUUGCUUCCUCCAGCUAGCACUAACUCAGCAGCAUCGCUCUGUGGACACCUGUAAAUUAUUGAGAAAUGUGAACUGUGCAGUCUUGAAGCUAAGGUGUUAGAAAAUUUGAUUUGUGCUGUUUCGUUGUUGUUGGUUUAUUUUUUCUCUCUUUAUUUUAUUUUAUUUUAUUUUUUUUCUUAAGACAACAGCAGCAGCAUCCUGGCUCUUUGUCAUGUGUUGAAUGGUUGGGUCUUGUGAAGUCUGAGGUCUAACAGUUUCUUGUCCUGGAAGGAUUUUCUUGCAGCAGAAACCGAUUUUUCCAAUUCCCAGAACUCUGAGGACCAAAAGGGAUCCCUCAGCUGCUACUUUCAGGCACUCAGCCUCACUGGGAUGAACCGGGCCCUGUUCUUACACAGCCACGUGGCUGGCUGGCCCUUUCUUUGCCUCCAUGGCUGCUGUGGUAAGUGCAGCCUUGUCUGACCCAAUGCUGACCUAAUGUUGGCCGGAGGUCAGUGACAACCUCCUUCCCUCACAAGCACCUCAGAGGCAUGCAGAGAGAAGGACCGCUCGGCCAACAGCCGGCGUUCAGUACACUGAGGUGAUCAAUGCAGGAGUCCAUUAUUGCCGGCAAACCUCAGCAGGGUUGCACUGGGACAGAACCUGGUCAUAACUGUGACCACACAGCUGUGAGCUAGGGCAGAACCCCUCUGUCACUGACUGGCGAGUCUGGGCAGAAGCUCUGACCCACACCCUUUAAACUGGAUGUCGGGGCCUGAGUGGGCCAGCAGCAGGCAGAUGUUACAACCCUGGCUGUCUGGUCUUAGAUGUAGCUCAGUAAGUUGAGGCCCUAAUGUCCCUGAUCCCUGGGGACCCCUGGUUCAGUUAGUUAUUCAAGUGAAAAGCUGAGCCAACCUGCCUGUUUCUGUAAGUGUGACAGGGGGAUGUGGGGAACACAGCAAGGACCCAGCUCUCUAGGGCUGGUGACCUGAUACUUCUCGUGAUGGCAUCCAGGAGUUAGCCGAGCCAAUAGACUGUGUUGGCAGCACUGGACCAGCAAACCAGAACUUGUCUUUGACAUCUGGGACCCAUGGUGGCCCUGCCAUCUUCUUGGGCUGUCUUCUAAUUCCAAAGGAUUGGUUUGUAAACCUCCAUCCCCGUCUCCUCUGCCUAGAGACAGCACACGAGUAUACACACAGGUGAAUAGACCGGUUCAAAGGAUGGCCUCUCACUGACAUCCUAAUUUCGUCUUGAGUUUUUUUGGAGGGAGGCAGGGAAGGUGUAUAGCUAUAGCUUUAGCUGGGGAGCCUAGAGGGCCCCCAAAUGUAUGUACGGAACCCUGGUAGAAGGAAGAGGCGAAAAGCGCCCUGUGAGAGAGUGGGACUCCAGUUUAUCUGUAGACCAGAUGAGAAGGAAACAGGCCCCAUUUUGUACAUAGUUGCAACUUAAAAUUUUUGGCUUGCAAAAUAUUUUUGUAAUAAAGAUUUCUGGGUAACAAUGA